CUCGAACCCACAGUACCUCCUCCGAAAGCCCAACAGUUCUGCAACUAGCACAAUGGCGUUCGCGUGGAAAGCAGCAGGCAUCACCUACAACCGCUACCUUGCCGUUGCCGCGCGCGUUGUUCGACGCUCGCUCAAGGAUGACAAGAGACUGGCAGCUGAGCGGAGAGGGGAGAUGGACUUGAGGUUCGCAAAGUGGGAGAACGGCAAGCAAGGCGAGAACAAGUCGCUGGCAACAGCCAAUACUGAGGCUAUGGCUCAGCACGCUUCUGGAUCAUCGCAGUAGAGGAACUAUGGGCGGCGGGAUGGUGAAGUUGAUGAGCCCGAUCAAACACUCCGGAUGGGUAGUCCGUGUGGCAGUUCGUACAGAGGUAGUGGAUGGCCGCGCGGGAGCGCAGGAAACCUUCAGGGAGCUGUAGUCAUGUG